CAAUGCAAUUAUUAACUAGGAACGUUCUAAAAAGAUUCACAAAUGUACCUUUUCUUAGUUUUUCAUCUAAGAAGGAUCUUUAUGGUAAUCUAUAUUAAUUUAAAACUAGAACUAUUGGGAGUACCAAGAAAUGCUUCCUAAAAUGACAUUAAAAAAGCCUAUUAUGGAUUGGCUAAGAAAUAUCAUCCAGAUGCAAAUCCUUCUAAAGAUGCAAAGGAAAAGUUCGCAGAAAUUAACAAGUAUCAAUUAAAUAAAAUGAAUUAGUGCAUAUGAAACAUUAUCUGAUGAUAAUAAAAGGAAGGUUUAUGAUUAGGUAGGAAUGACAGGAGAUGAAUAAGAUUAGGCAGGAGGUUAGGAUCCAUUUGCAGCAUAUAGUAGCUUUUUUAGAUAAGGAGCAAGAGGAGGGAAAGCAUAAGAUUUCUAAUUUGAUGAAUCAAUUUUUGGUGAUUUUGCAUCAUUUUUUAAUAUGGGUGGAGAAUCAGAAAGAUAAAUAAAAGGAGCAGAUAUUUUUAUCUAAUUAGAAAUAUCAUUUAUGGAUAGUGUAAAUGGAGCAUAAUAGACAAUAUAAUUUGAGAAGAUUGGAGUUUGUUCUACUUGUAAUGGAACUAAAUGCAAACCAGGAACAGCACCUGGAAGAUGUACUAAUUGUGGUGGAAGAGGUUCAAUUAAUUACAGAUAAGGAGCUAUGACUAUAUAAAUGGCUUGUACUAAAUGUAGAGGAACGGGAGUAUCAAUCAAGAAUCCAUGUAAUCUAAAUUUAUAAUAAAUAGGUACAACUUGUAAAGGAGCUGGAAUAUAGAAGUAAGCUACUUCUGAAGCUGUGAAUAUUCCAAAAGGGAUAGCUGAUGGAUAGAAUUUAAGAGUAACUGGUAAAGGAAAUAUUGGUGAAAAUGGAGGAAAGGCUGGAGAUUUGAUAAUUAAAGUUUAGGUUAAACCAGAUUCAUAUUACAAAAGAGAUGGAUAUGAUUUAAUUACAAAUGCUUAUAUUUCUGUUGCUUAGGCAGUACUUGGUGAUUAGGUUAAGAUUAAAACACUUAAUGGAGAAAAAUAAAUAAGCAUCAAACCAGGUAGUUAGGAUGGUGAAAAAAUUAGAUUAAGUGGAUUAGUAAUAUAUAUAUUUAAUUUAAGGGUAUUACAAAAUUGGCACCUAAUUCUAAUCAAAAAGGUGAUUAAGUUGUGAAUCUAAAAAUUCAAAUUCCUACAAAAUUGACUGAAUAAUAAAGAUAGCUAUUUGAAGAAUUAGCAAAAGUAUUGUUAUUAAAUAAAUUUUAUAGUUAGAAAAGGUUGAAACAUAAGGAUAAUCAUCUGUUAAUGAGGGUGUAUUUGAAAAGGUUAAGAAUAUUUUCAAUAAAUGAAA